UAAAAUUUGUUGUCGUGAUUAUGACAUUUUCAUAUGAAUAUAUCUAGAGGUUUGAGGAUUCAUUUCAUAAACGUAGCGUUCUUGUACUUGUAUGAGUGCAUUUAAAGAAAAUAUGACAAGGAAAUUAUUUUGCUUUUGAUAGCAUCGUUUUUGAACAGUUUUAAAGUGUGUUUUAUGAAGAAGAAAAAUAUAAUAAGCUAACAAAUGUGGAAAAUGUAUGUAAGAUGCAGACUCUUUGGUGCACUGAUGGUGCACUGGUAGAAUAUGUGUUUAUAUACAUGUAUAUCGAUAUUGCAUAUCGUGCUGUGAUAGUAAGCGUAUAGGCGUCAUUAAGGUGACAUAAAUCAAAGCAUGCCGCACACAGGUCAAACUGGCGUAAACCAACUUGGAGGGGUAUUUGUCAAUGGCCGGCCUUUACCGGAUCACGUGAGACGGAGGAUUGUAGAGUUAGCUCAUAUGGGCGUUAGACCCUGCGAUAUUUCCCGCCAACUGCUAGUUUCACAUGGUUGUGUGAGCAAGAUUUUGACUCGUUAUUAUGAGACCGGAUCCAUUAAACCAGGCUCCAUUGGCGGAAAUAAACCAAAGCAAGUUGCCACGCCCCUCGUCGUUCGAAAGAUUCUGCAACUGAAGAAAGAAAACCCGUCUAUAUUUGCGUGGGAGAUUCGAGAUUAUCUUCUGUCUCAAAGAAUUUGUGAUGAUCAAUCUAUUCCCAGCAUAAGUUCUAUAAAUAGAAUACUUCGCAAUGCCGGUGCUUUCAACAGUGACGGUGUCUUGUCAAACGAAAUGUCUCCAGUAUUUUAUCCUCCUAUACCAUCACCCACAUUACAGGCUUUAUAUCAAAGACAUAACCCUGCAGCACUUUACCCUUUAAGCAUCCCAGGGCUCUCAUAUCCACGCCUUGUUCAACCUUUGCCAGCGCUUCUGGAGCCCGGAGAGGUUCCGAACGAUAAAUCUUUACCAGAACAUUCAGUUAAAGGCAUUGAAUCUACCCGUGAUAUAAAUGACAGAAAAAGACAAUUAUCUGAAGACGAAAAGAGCACAUCAGCCGAAAGCAAAAGAUUAAGAUGUGACAGUUUGAAUUACAGUGGCAGGACGGACGAUAAACAAAACGGAGAAAUAACAAAAGGUGAGGAAAAAGAACAACAAAAUAAUUUAUCCAAGUGUCAGCCGAACGACCGUGGGAAGCCUAUUGCAACAAGACCAUUACAUUCGAUAGAAGACAUUGUCCGAGAUAAUGAUGGUGACAAAAAGUUGAUUCACAACCGUUCGACAUUUGACACUUUAACUUCAGACAUGUCUAAAAGUGCAUUCCAAUUUCACAAUUCUCGUGCUUUUCAUAGUCUCGAAUUAUGGAAGCAUCAUCAAAUGUUCUUUCCAAAUAUGUACAAUAUUCCUGUUUCACCCAGCUAUGACCACGUGACGUCCAGACAGGCAUCAUCAACGCUGGCAUUACGUUGUCAUAACGACACACGGUUCUGUUCUACUUGAUUAAGAUAAAUUUAUUUCUAAAUAUCAAAACAAUUUUAUUUGAUGUUCCUAAUGGCAGAAAAUGUAAAUGGCGCCUCGGUUGCUAUGACAACUAUUGCUUGUAGCGAGGUAGAAAGUUGCGUGACUUGAGUAUAUUGUCUUUAAUUGUUAACCUCCCUAAUGAAUGACCUAUCUCCGUGACUUUUUAGCAAAGCUUUACGCUUGGUCGCAGUGUUUUGAUACUUCUUAAUAUAAAGAGGUUUUCUAUGUCUUCGCCGCUACAAUUAACCUUAAUUAGCGCUAACCUUUUCAGAUUCCAAUGAAACUAAUGGGUCAUGAAAUGUGUUUAUUUUUUCCGAUUUCAUUAGAGCAGGAAAUCAUUAUUCCGAUGCGAAGAAGAAGGAAACUCAUUAUGGUUACUUUGCAUUGCUUUUAUUCAGUUUCAGAUUUUGUCAUUAGAAGAAAUGAUAAAUAAUCAAAGGUAUCCAUUUCUUUUAUUUUGAUUACCGACAAGCGCACCUUAUUUGUAUGUUCAGACGAUUUUACUCUUAAUUAUGCGUUAUCAGUUUACUUUUGUUCUUUUAUUUUUCUUUGACUUCAUUAAAGAUAUAUGA